AGGGACUUAGGGAAAUAAACGAGGCAUGGAGAGUAACAGAGGGAGAGAGAGUGAGUGCAGAGGGAGGUAUUGGUUUAAAACUGCAUACUCAGUGUGUGUGUGAGAAGUAAGGCGUGAGCAUUGGCAAGAUGGAGUGCUGGCACAGAUGAAGACUCUCCCUGGUCUUGCUCGACAGUCCACAUGAGUGUCUCCAAACCUCCACCACCCCCUUCAACCACCCACCUGGUCAUACCCCCUCCCUCCACCUCCACCCCUUCUUCAUCUGCCUCUUCUCCUUUGACAACGCCCCAGUCCUGUGUUCCACCGCCGCCAUCCCCGGUCAAGAUCUCAAUGCAGGAGCAUUUUGCCAUCAAUGUGUGCCCAGGUCCUAUCCUGCCCAUCCCACAGAUUUCAGACUUCUUCCCUCGUUUCCAUGACUACCCCUGCACACCACCCCCUCCACGGGAGAAGAAAAUCCUGAAAGAGGAAACAUUUAAUGGGGAGAUGGGUGGAGGCCACAAGGAAGGGGUGAAGAAAGAGGACAGUGAUGGCAAGAGGGAGUCAGUGUUUGACUCAGAUGAUGAGGACACCUACUUGGGGACUUUGGAGUUCACCCUCCUUUUUGAUCAGGACAACAACUGUCUUCAUUGUACAAUUCAUAAGGCCAAGGGACUGAAAGCCAUGGACUCCAAUGGGCUGGCUGAUCCGUACGUUAAGCUUCACCUUCUCCCUGGUGCUAGUAAGGCCAAUAAGCUACGGACAAAAACCCUGAAGAAUACCUUGAAUCCCACAUGGAAUGAAACGCUGAUGUAUCAUGGUAUCACAGCAGCUGACAUGACCACCAAAACUCUCAGGCUGUGUGUUUGUGAUAUGGACAGACUUGGCAGAAAUGAAUUCAUUGGAGAGGUAAGGGUUGCUCUGAAGAAACUGAAAGAGGGAGAGAGCAAACGCUACAAUAUGAGUCUGGAGAGAAUUGCACAGUAUAAAGAAAGCAACAAUCAAGUCAUGGAGCAGGGAGCACUAGUGGCAGAGGAAGAGCGUGGCCGCAUCCUCGUGUCCCUGUGCUACAACACAGAGAAGAGCUGUCUGCUCGUUGGAAUUAUACGCUGUGCCCAUCUGGCUGCAAUGGACUCCAAUGGCUAUUCUGACCCCUUUGUGAAAAUUGUCCUACAGCCAGAUAUGGGGAAAAAAUCCAAGUACAAAACUUCUGUGAAGAAAAAGACACUUAACCCUGAAUUCAAUGAGGAAUUCUCGUAUGACGUAUCUAUGGACCUGCUGGCAAAGAAAACCCUGGAGAUCUCUGUGUGGGACUAUGACUUGGGAAUGAGCAAUGACUUCAUAGGUGGAGUGGAACUGGGCAUCAAUGCAAGCGGACAAAGACUAAGACACUGGUUUGAGUGUCUAAAGAAUAAAGGGAAGAAAGUGGAGUACUGGCAUACACUUACACAGCAAGGGGCCCCAAAUGGUGACAAACCGGACUAGAUUAGAACUGAGACAUCCACAUGUACAUGUGUGCAUGCAAACAUACAAACACAUGACUUUUUGUCACUAAGAUAGUUGAAAACAAGGACCAAGUAAAGAAGUGGAAAUGCCAAAAGACACAACAUGCAAUAAUAAAGCUGAAAAUUAAAUAUGUCAUAAUGCCAGUAAUUACAAGACCCAGUGUUAGAAUUACAUAGUCAUACUAAUUGUUAGUGAUGGUAAUAAGA